UGUAUUCCGUGUUGAAAUCCUGCAAGCAGAGCCGAAAAGCAAAUUUCGAGUCGAGGUUCUUUCGAGAGAGGGGAAAGGGUACAUAUCAUUGUACAUUUUACAACAGAAAUUUAUAUCUGAUACUUGUACAGUUUUAGCAAUGUCUACUCCAGCACGAAGGCGACUGAUGAGGGAUUUUAAAAGACUUCAAGAGGAUCCUCCAGCUGGUGUUAGCGGUGCUCCGUCAGAAAACAAUAUCAUGGUAUGGAAUGCAGUGAUAUUUGGGCCAGAAGGAACUCCCUUUGAAGAUGGUACAUUCAAAUUGACUGUAGAAUUUACAGAAGAAUACCCAAACAAACCACCCACAGUCAGAUUCAUCUCAAAAAUGUUUCAUCCUAAUGUAUAUGCAGAUGGAAGCAUAUGUCUUGACAUCCUACAAAAUCGUUGGAGUCCAACUUAUGAUGUGUCAUCAAUUCUUACCUCAAUCCAGUCUUUGCUUGAUGAACCAAACCCUAACAGUCCUGCUAACAGCCAAGCAGCUCAACUUUACCAGGAGAACAAACGGGAGUAUGAGAAGCGUGUGUCCGCUAUUGUUGAGCAGAGCUGGAGGGACAGCUGACCAGACACUGCAGAGCACAGAACUUUGUGUGAUUUAUAGUUUAGUUGAGUGAAUUGUGAGGAAGUUUUUUUUCUCUCUCUUUUUUUUUUUUUUUUCCUCUCUCCCCUCUCUGUCUCACACACCACUCUCAUACUGUUCUAAUGCACUUUAAUCAAAAUCUGUCCAUUUUCCCUUGGAGGACUUGUGCUCAGCCAAUAUCACCUGAUCAUUUUCUGUUCAAAAAGUGACAGACGUGGUGUCAGCCCAGAAACCUGGACUAUAUGAUGAUAUAUCCAAGGGCCAUUUUUUUCCCUCCCAAGCAGAACUGAAUGGACAAGGUGCCGGCCCACCAUCCUUGAACUAUCUAAGUCCCAACUGGAGCUGUUGAUCCUGUUAUGCUGUUUUUGUGUGUGUGUUCCGUUACAUGCCUGAAAGUGUGUGUUUUUUUUUUUUUCAAUUCCAUGUGUUAUUGAUUGCCUUGUGAACUAUGUAAUAUUAAUACACUUUGAAUUUUGUGUACAGGA